UAUCAUAUUCCCUUAUGUAUAGGUAGCUAGUGAGAAGUCCAUUCCGGAACCCGAAACUUUAAAUUUUGGCUUCGCCUUUCUGUGUGCAGACACAUAUAUAGCUCGGUGUUUUAACUUCAGUGCACUGAUAGAGUGAAAAUCGAAUUACACUGUCAGUGCAUAUAAGUUAAAUUCGACAUAUGGACACAUAUAUAUGGCUGACCUAUCAAACAUUGUAGUUGAAAACAAACAGUCAACAAGAACAAAUACCAAACAUCCUGUGUAUAGAGGAAUACGUUGUAGAAGUGGGAAAUGGGUGUCUGAAAUUAGAGAGCCACGUAAAACUACAAGAAUAUGGUUAGGAACAUUUCCUACACCAGAAAUGGCAGCUGCUGCCUAUGAUGUUGCUGCCUUAGCUUUAAAAGGCAGUAAUAAUGUUGUACUAAACUUCCCUUGUCAUGUCAAUUUCUAUCCAAAGCUCCCUCCCUCACCUUCUCCGGCUGAUAUACGAAGUGCGGCCGCCACUGCGGCCGCACUGAUGAAGAAAGAAGCCGGAGAAGGUACAGUGGUGGCUCAGCAAGGUGAUGAUGAUCAGUUAUCAAGAAGCAGUAACGGAGCUACAUAUAAUGAAGGGGAUUCAGUUGAAUUUUCUUCACCGGAAAGUUAUAACGUGCAAAUAGGAGGGAAAUAUGUAGAUGAAGAUGAUGUAUUUUAUAUGCCUAGUUUGAUUGUUGAUAUGGCGGAGGCAAUGAUGAUGAGCCCUCCAAGAAUAAACUCCUCAACAUGCGAAGAUUCAAGAGGAGAUCCCUCAUAUAUUGAAAAUCUUUGGAGCUAUUGAAGAAAAGGAAGAAGAACACAAAAUUCUCAAAACUCACUAUAGUUUUUUGGUUUAAUUAUCAAUAAUAUGUGAUCACAUAUUAUAAACACAAUUAAACCCUAAAGAUUCAUAGUCUAAAAUUCUGCGUACUUGAGUUGUAGAAGAUUGUUUCAAUACAUUGUAAAAGAUGUUUUUUUCCUCAAAAAUCUUUCACAAGGAACUAAGGAAGGAGAGGAAAGGAGAGAGUUCUUGUAUUUCAUGUUAAAUGGAGAAGAUGUCUCUAAUAUAUCGAUGUCUCUUUCUUUUUUA